AUGAGGCUCUCAGAUACAGGGCCCAUUGCAACGAGGGUGGAGCGAGACAGAAUCAUGGCAAAAGCACUACCUCCAACAGCGGCGGACGAUCACUGGCGUCCAUCACUGCAAGUGCCGUGCAAGCAGCAGACGGUCCCCUUCCUCGGAUUGCCAGCAGAGAUUCGGAAUCGCAUCUAUCACUUCGCACUGCCUUCCACGGGAAAGGGCGACCCUCCACUGCUGGUGGCAAGUCCAGUCUGGGACGAUGUCAUGGUGUCUGCCGCGGAGCCUGGUAUCACUCGCGCCUGCAAGCAGACUCGAAGAGAAACCUUGAAGCUCUUCUACGAGGACAACGACUUUCAUGCCUACAUCGAGCAUCUCGACUUCAGAGGGCUGAUUGCUUGGGCGCGCCAUUUCAACUACACACCAAAGCUGAGAGUGCACGUCUACAUGCUCAACAAGGCGAUGUGCCACAUCGGUCUGACGCCAUUUGCUCAGGCUUGGCGCCUCGUCGAACACCCUGAGAAGAUCCACCUCGAACUCCACAGCAGUUUCCUGGGCCCAGGCAGGCGGCAGUGUGCAGCAGUAGCCUUCACCGUCAACGCUGCGGAGCAAAAGCGUACGAAGCGUGCACUGCAGUCUCGUAUGGAAGGCGAGUUUGGAGAAAAGGGAACUUGCAGGUGCUUUGACUGGCUUGAGAUUGGCUCGGGAGGAGCCUACAGUUGCAGCGACAAGCACUGGGUGGACUAUUAG